AUGGCAGCUGCAGCGUCCCUUCGCCGAUGCUUUCUCUGUGAUAUCCGAACGAGUCCAGCGUCGGGUAUCCUUCCAGUAACUUUCAGUUUCGCGCGUCAUCGGCCGUACUGCGUCGUGUCGCGCGAGUGGGCCGUGCCGUCCUCGAAAGAGGAUAUUAGCCGAUCGGGCGUCGGGUAUAGCGAUCAUGCUAUGAACUGGGGGCUUGAGCCCUGUGUUCUAACUUUUGGCCAAGCAACAAGAAAGAAGAAAGGAUUCGAGCCGGGCAGCAGCCCAUUCGCCGCCUCGGGUGAGAGGGCUGAAUUCAUGAAACGAUGGUCUCUGUGCUCAGCCAGUGGUGCUCUGACCUUCUUUCGUGGGGGUCUAUCGGCGCCAUUUGACGAUCGAGGCGUUGUGGUCGGCUCGGCUGUGGCGAGGGAGGUGCCGUGCUCCUAUGACAUAAUAUCCAGCUGCAGCAAUCUCGCGGUCGGGCCCGCCUGCAACCUCGUUGUGCUCGUCCAGUUCUCUGUGCACUCCGUCGGAGCGGAGAAUCAGACGGAUACGAGCAUUGCCCACUGUCCGCAUUUGAAUUGCGCAAGCCAAAGCGCAGCGCAAAGGCAUCCUCCAAAAUUGGUGCCAGGCAUCCAGGGUCUGAAAAACUUUUCACCCAUGCUCAAAGCACCAGUUACGGGGUUUCAUCAGGAACCUCACUCGGCCACAGUGGCAUUUCUCAAAUGGUGCUCUGGCCCACCAAGCUUGGAGGGGACCGCUGGCUGGGCUGAGCGGCAGAUCCAAAGCCGUUGGGUGGGGCAGGUGCCAAGGAGCAGGGCUGCUUCGUCAGAUCCACUGUGA